AUGGCGGCAGAGGUUGCGGCCGCGCCCCCCCGCCGGGUGCAGGUCUGCGUCUGCCUGCGCCCUGGCCCCCCCGGCGAGGAGCCCUGCCUGCUCCCCCUUGACUCGCACACCCUGGAGCUGCGUGAGGAGCCCCCCAGCACCCCCUCCCGCUACCGCUUCGAUGCCAUCUACGGUGCCGCCAGCUCCACCGCCACCGUCUACGAGGGCUCCGUCCGCCCGCUGCUGUCCCACCUCCUGGCUGGCCGCGAUGUCACCGUCCUCGCCUAUGGGCCCAGCGGCUCCGGAAAGACGCACACCAUGCUGGGCAGCGAGGGGGAGCCCGGCUUGGUGCAGCGCGCUCUCGAGAACGUGCUGGAGGCCGUCGGGGACAGCCGCCGCGUCACCGUGGCCUGCAUGGAGGUGUACUGUGAGGAGAUGCCACCGUUGCCAGCAACACCCCAGAGCCCAGGUCGCCCCCCCCGGAGGACCAGGCCCUGCAGCGCUGGCUGGAGGACGCUGAGAACACACUGCAGGCGCCCCCUCCCCGGCCUCCCUGGUGGUGCUGCGGCGGCGGCAGAAGGGCUGUCGCCAGUGGGAGGCGGUGGCCGCCCCCCGGCUGGAGGCGGGGGUCCGGGCCCAUGUCCUGCGGGCGCUCAACGGGAGGGACCCGGCGCAGCUGCGGGGGCUGGGGCCCCGCCGGGGGGGGCGCAUCCACGCCUGGCGCCAGGAGCACGGCCCCUUCCGCACGGCGGAGGACCUGGCGGCGGUGCCCGGCUUCUCGGUGGCGCAGUGUCCCCCAAGCCAAGGAGGUGACCCCAAGCACGAAGAUGACCCCAAGCACCAAGAUGACCCCCAGCCACCAAGGUGUCCCCAAGCCAAGGAGGUGACCUCAAGGUUCCAAGGUGAUACAAAGGAGGUGACCCCAAGCACCAAGAUGACCCCAAGCCACCAAGGUGGCCACCAAGGUGACCCCUGAGACAAGGAGGUGACCCCGAGCAACCAAGAUGUCCCCAAGCCAAGGAGGUGACCCUGAGCCACCAAGGUGUCCCCAAUCCACUAAGGUGACCCCUGAGCCACCAAGGUGUCCCCAAGCACCAAGAUGACCCCAAGCCACCAAGUGUCCCCAAGCCAAGGAGGUGACCCCAAGGUUCCAAGGUGAUACAAAGGAGGUGACCCCGAGCAACCAAGAUGUCCCCGAGCCAAGGAGGUGACCACAAGCACUAACAUGACCCCAAGCCACCAAGGUGACUCCUGAGACAAGGAGGUGACCCCAAGCCACCAAGGUGGCCACCAAGGUGACCCCUGAGACAAGGAGGUGACCCCAAGCCACCAAGGUGUCCCCAAGCCGAGGGGGUGACCCCAAGGUUCCAAGGUAACACAAAGGAGGUGACCCCGAGCCACCAAGGUGUCCCCAGACUGAGGCGGUGACCCCAAGGUUCCAAGGUGAUACAAAGGAGGUGAUCCCAAGCCACCAAGGUGGCCACUAAGGUGUCCCCAAACCAAGGAGGUGACCCUGAGCAACCAAGGUGUCCCCAAGCCAAGGAGGUGACCUCCAAGCCACUAAGGUGACCCCUGAGACAAGGAGGUGGCCCCAAGCCACCAAGGUGUCCCCAAGCCGAGGGGUUGACCCCAAGGUUCCAAGGUAACACAAAGGAGGUGACCCCGAGCCAUCAAGAUGACCCCAAGCAACCAAGGUGUCCCCAAGCCAACAAGGUGACCCAUGAGCCACCGAGGUGUCCCCAAGUAAAGCAGGUGACCCUGAGUCACCAAAACCCAAAGCCAAGAAGGUGACCCCAAAGAACCAAGGUGACCCCAAGCCAAGGAGGUGACCCCUGUGCCACCAAGGUGUCCUCAAGCAAAGGAGGUGACCCCAAGGUUCCAAAGUAACACAAAGGAUGUGACCCCAAGCCAAGGAGUUGACCCCAAGCCACCAAGGUGUCCCCAAGUCAAGGAGGUAACCCCCGAGCCACCAAGGUUACCCCCAAGCCACCAAGAUGACUCCAGCCAAGGAGAUGACCCCCAAGCCACCAAGGUUACCCCAAGCCACCCAGAUGAUGGUGAGCCACCAAGGUGUCCCCAAGCCAUCAAGUUGGGCCCAACCGCAAGAUACUGAGCUAGCCCCAAGCCACCGAGGUGACCACACGAUGCUGAGAUGAACCCAGGCCCCCAAGGUGACCCCCAAACUACCAAGGUGACCACAAGAUGUCAAGGUGACCCCAAGUCACCAGGGUGACCUCAAGAUAUUAAGGUUACCCAAAGUCACCUAGAUGACUCUGAGCCACCAAGGUGACCACAAGAGGUGAAGCUGACCAUGAGCCACCAAGGUGACCCUCAAACUACUGAGGUGACCAUGUGCCACCAAAGUGACCACAAGGUAAUGAGAUGGCUCCAAGCCACCAAGGUGACCGCAAGUUGAAGAGAGAGCUCCAAGCCACCAAGGUGAUCCUGAGCCACCAAGGUGACCCUCAAACUACCAAGGUGACCACGUGCCACCAAGUGACCGCAAGCCACCAAGAUGACCAGAGCCAUGGGACAGGUCCUUCGUGGUGCCUCAACACAACCUCCACCCCAUGCUGCAGAGGACUCCCCGCACCCAGAGGACCUCCUCUCCAUCCUGCAAGAGGACCCUUGAGGGACCAAGACUUGGGCGUUGGAGCUCCUCCACCUUGCGUUCUUGGCGGGGCUCCACCUCUCCCAGCACUCCCCCUGUGGUUCAAGAGCCUCCGUUCCUCGAGUUGCCGUGGGGAUCUCGUGCAGAAGACUUCACCCAUCGGGACUUCGUCGUGCAGAAGACCUCGCCCUCCUUGGGAGGUCACGGUGACGGUGGGACUCGAUCUCCAAAUCCUCCACCCGAUUUUAGGGUGCUGCGGUUCAGGAUCUUGGCACCGGAGGGCUCCCGGACCUGCAGAAUGCCCGAACGAGCAUCGCUCGUUUUUGGGAUGUAGAGCGUAAAUUCUUUCCUCUGCGCUUCCACACAGCCUCUACUCGUUGUUUUUUUUUCCCUUUUCCCCCUUUCCCUUUUUAAAAAUUAUAUAAUUAAUAAUAAUUUUCCCUUAAUAAUUAUGUAUUCCUUUCACUAAAUUAUCCUUACGCGUACCCGUGAGCUGUUUCUUUCCUUUUCUUCUUCCCCUCCUCCUCUGAGGAGGGGCAGUGAGAGCGGUUGUGGCGGAGUUCAGCUGCCCGGCAAGGAAAAACCACUGCAAAACCCGCUGUGACUCUGGGGCAGGACGCGAGGGCGCAGUACCCUGCGGCGACAUCUCUGAGCGUCUCUCUCGAGCCACGAAGUAUCUCCCAAGGGGGCCGGAGCAUCUCUCCGUGGAGAAUUGCAUCUCCCCAGGACAUAAAAGCACUUGCCUGGAGCAACCACGUUUCAGCUCUUUCUCCCCAGGGAGCCCAAGGUUCUUUUCGGAGGACACGUGCACCUCCCCACGGCCCUCAAGCGCGUGAUUGGAGCACUGAAAAUUUCCUCUACGAACCCAUCGCCUCCUGAGGCACUAAAACAUCGCCCAGUGGCACACGAGCGUUACUUUGAAGAACCCAGCCCCCUAAAUAGAAAACCCAAUCAACUCCUCGGAAGACCCAAGCACCUCUCUGGGCAACGAAGGCACCCAAAGUUCUCCCAUGAGUCGCCCCAGCAUCUCUCUGCAGCACAGAAGCACCUCCCUGGAGCACCCAAGCCUCUCACUGGAGAACCCAAGAAUGUCCCCACCGCACUCCUACAGCUGAGCGGAGAACCCAAGCAUCUCCCUGGGGCUCCAGAACACCACCUGGGGCAGUUCUGUGCACCACAGUAUGAAAAGGACGUGAGACUGUUGGAGAGUGUCCAGAGGAGGGCAACGAAGGUAGGGAAGGGCCUAGAGGGGAAGACGUAUGAGGAGUGGCUGAGGUCACUGGGCCUGUUCAGCCUGGAGAAGAGGAGGCUGAGGGGAGACCUCAUCGCGGCCUACAGCUUCCUCACGCGGGGGAGCGAAGGGGAAGGCACCGAUCUGUUCUCUUCAGAGAUAUGACCCGAGGGAACGGUGUCAAGCUGUGGCAGGGGAGGUUCAGGCUGGACAUCAGGAAGAGGUUCUUCACCAAGAGAGUGGUCGCACACUGGAACAGGCUCCCCAGGGAAGGAGUCACAGCACCAAGCCUGUCAGAGUUUAAGAAGCGUUUGGACUGUGCACUUAGUCACAUGGUCUGAAUUUUGGGGUAGACCCGUGUGGUGACAGGAGUUGGACUCGAUAAUCCUUACGGGUCCCUUCCAACUCGGGAUAUUCUAUGAUUUUAUGGUUCUAAGAUCCUGAACUCCACCAUCUCACUGUCACUGCAGCCAAGACUGAAGGGCCUCAUUAUCAUGCAGUUCCUCAAAAAUUGUCAUGCAGUCCCACAGCUUGUCACCGCUGGGCCUGGUUUUGUCCCUGUCCCCCUUCAGAUCUAGUUUAAAGCCCUGUCCAUCAGCCCUGCUGACUCCUGGGCAAAGAUCUCUCAAAGAAAGGUGCUCCCCAUCAGGAGUCAGUAGGCUCAGUGUCACGUAGACCUCCCCAUGACCAAGAAACCCAAAACUCUGUCAGUGGCACCAGCCUCGGCGCCACGUAUUGAUCUGCCCGUUCCUUUCAAUAUUGAUCCCCGCCACUGGAAGGAAGGAGGAAACCACCACCCGUGCACCCGAUCCUAUUCACCUCAAGUCCUCUUCUGUGCCUUGUCUCCCUCUUUCAGGAUUCUCAUUUCUACCUUCUCCCCCAUGGCUUUUAAAUUCCUGAGCAGCUCAUCUUUGUAAGUACAAAGCCUCUCAGGGCUGAGGUGGUCACGUGUACGGAUUGAUAAGGAAAGAGACAGAAUGUGGGAGUGUUGAUUGGGUUAAAAAUAAGAAAAGAUUGGGUUAAAAAGAAAAGAUUGGGUUAAAAAACAAACGUUUGGGUUAAGAAGAAAAGAUUGGCCUAAAAAUAAGAAAGGAAAGGGGAACAAUCAGCAAAACCGAGGCACAGAGCUGGCAAAACGAACAUGGAGGCAAUGGCAAGGAGCAAAGCUCCCGGUCACAUCGGUUGGUGGGUUAUCAAAGUACCGACGCUGCUCCCAGGAAGAUCAGCCUGGACUUAGCAGCUGGUAAGAUUGUAAAAGCAGGUCGAAGAAACUCUCUAAGAUUCAAUUUGGAGAAGAAAGCAGAAAUUUCAUUAAUUGUGCUGCUGGGCCCACAGGGGAUUGCCCCACCUGGUGUGCGCGCCGAGUUGUUCAAGCUACAGAGGUUAUAUGCAAUCAGAGCAUGCAUAUCCAUUGGAUUUCCAAAAAAUAAUUAACGCAUCGGUACUGUUACUUUCUGGAACUCCUUAGAAUAUGUAAACGUCCCUGUUUAUUUCUACUGGUGGUCUUUCGGGGUCUUCUGGUGGUCGCUGGUAGUCUUCCUCACUGUGUUUGCUGGUUGAACCCAGUUCUUGCACGUGCUCAGGUCUCGUUCUUUUUAUCACCGUCGUUGGUUACACACCCAAGGCCACACGCACAGCAGGAGUUCCUCACCUGAUCUUCCGACACAUCCUUCAGGCCUCGGUCAUCUCACCCUCAUUCUGUGAUACAAGCCCGUACAUUCCUACAAAUAAAGCUAAUUAGUGA